AUGGAUAGCAGUCAAUAAAUCUCAAUGAUAAAAUUAGAUUUGGAUGUUCUCAUUCUUUCAAACACUCAAGCCUACCUUUUGGAACUGGAAACCUUAGCUACCAGAUCAGUAAUCUAUCGAGAAGUCAAAGAUUGGCAAUAACGGGCUUAUCGAAGAUUGACAAAAUUGAUUCGUAUUUAAAAUAAAUAGUUUUUGCUAUCAGCCAUCGGAGAAGAAGGAUUAGAACUCUACAGUGUUGAGGGCAGAAACAUCACGUUCAUCAAGUAAUUCCAGACCUACAAAAACAUAGUUGAUUUCGCUGAAGUGAAUAACAAUGUCUACAUCCUAGACUCUGAACAAGGCCUUAUUUGGUGUUACGUUGAAUCCGCCAAUCUCACUACUCAAAUCACAAAAAUCGAUAACAUGCAGGGAGGAAUUGCUGUUGACUCUUACAACGGAGUCAAUGUCUUCGUGGCCUAUAAGUGGGUACGCUAUGCAGUUGUUGAAUACAUUGUAAAUCAGACAUCUAAAUAUUGGUAUAAACAUAAUAUGAUUUACACAAAAAAGAUCUAUGACGUAGAUGCCCUAGCUGACUUUGCAAUAAUUUAAGGACAAUAUCACCAUCUAGUUUUGUUCAAUUAUCACUUAUCUGACGAGAACACCUACCUUAGACACUUUCGUCUAUCGGACUUCCAAGUGUAUUAUCACGAAGAUAAAAUUUAUUUUAGUGGCAUAACAUCAAAGUCCUAUGUAUUCUCCGAACUUUACGUUCUGCCUGCCUAAAUCAUUUGCUUUUCCAGUCACACACCAGUUAGCUUCUCAUAUACUUUAUAAUAUAUCGAGUAGAUUACUAAAAGUAAAUACCAAAGACAUCAUCAAACGAUUUAGAUUAGGGUUGUUGACACCUAUGUUUAUGAAGAUUAGGCAUUUUUGGUAGUCUUAGGCUGUUUGUUGUUUCUAAUUCUCUUUAUUUUGCUUUUAGGUUUUUUGAUAAAAAAAAAUAAAUCUAUGUAAGCAUAAACCCAGGAGUUAGAAAAUAUUAUUUAAACCAAAUAUAAAUAGGAUGUGCUCAAAAAAGAAGAUGAUCCUCCUUAGAUCAUACAAUCGAACUUAAUGAGUGUUAGAGAAUCAAAAGAUAUAGAACAUUUGAAUAUUUAAUAGUGA